AACUGAAGCCUCAGUACUGCUCGAACAAGCGACGCGAACGCGCAGCAGCUGCGAAAAAGAAAAGCGAAACCCUUUAACUACUUAGAUACUACUACUAAAUCGCGUACUGUGUACCGUUACACCAGUGCUGGGAGCGAUCGAACACUAAUACACUGACAGCGAAUUUCCCGCAAAUUGCAGAAAUUUUCCUUCCCCCAUUCAACUGCCGUUUUGGAGUUUUGAAAAAGUGCACACAAAAUACUAAUUGGAAAUGCAGUACUCGAGCAGUUCGGAAAAUUACUCAUCCUCGUUGCGGGAUAAGCCCUCCAAAUGGGGCAAGAACGAUAAAAACUACUCCUAUAAGAAGUCUUCCUAUCAAUACUCAAGCUCGGGAGACAACAAUGUCUCCUACCAAGGAAAGGCAGCCGAUCAGAACAUCGACCAGCUGGAUGCCCUUCUGGAGGAUCUGAAGCAGGAGCGCCAGAACACCAGCAGGGAUCGGGAACUGCUGCCCAGCAAUGGAACUUCCUAUAGGACACUGGAACGUACUGAUCCUUCGGGAACCGUAACGAGGACAACCCGUGUCGUGAAGACCACUAAGCACUCCGGUUCCGGAGGCCAACAGCCCUUCAUCGAUGAUGUGGAGACCUUCAGUCCCACUGACUACAGCACUCUGCAGUCCACGAACAAGUAUUCCAGCUUGAAACGGGACGAGUUCCAGACCAGGGAUAAGCCCUAUAGCCUGGCCCACUCCCCCAGUGGUGGCCACUACGAGAGUAAGAAGAUCUACGAGAGCAACCGCACUAUUAACAACAACCUGGAGCUGCUGCCGGGAGCCACCACCACCCAGACGGUGACCAGCGGCACCACCAUCGACAAGGAGCUGCAGGACAUCGCCCUGAGCGAUGGCAUCCUGCCUGCCCCCGGCACUAAGGUGACCACCACAGUCAGGACUUACACUUACGAGAUUCCGGCCACUGGACCCGGAAGCAACACCAGCACCAUUAACCGGAGCCACAACCUGAGCAACUCGAACACUCUGAGCAGCAGCUACAAGCUCCACGAGACCCACAACUCCAGCCAGAACUACUCGCAGCUUUCGCCGGUUCCGCACACGACCCACGUGCCCCAAACCGUGGUCUACAACACGGAGAGCUACUCCACGCUGAACAAGCCCAACGAUCGCCCCUUAGUCUCCAAUCAGUCGUACGAGAUUCGGGAGCACAAGGAGACCACCACUCGCGGGGUCAGUCCCCAGCCGCGCCAAUUACCCCUGGGAUCGGGACCGGCCGGAACACCUCCUGGCAACCGUACCGUGGUCUACAACAUCCACAAAACGGAUCAUGUGAAUACGAUCAAUGAGCUGCCGCCGCAGCAGCGUUAUCCGGCGCCACACAGUCCGGCUCAUAGUCCCAACUAUGGAGGACCACAUAGCCCGCCCCUGCAGCCGGGCGUGAACCGUUACUACUACAAGGAGACGGAGACCUCGAACACGGUGAACAGCAUCCACGGCCCACCCAAUGGUGGAGCUCCCUAUGAGCCACAACCAGCUCCUCUGAAGCAGCUGCCGCCAAUCAACGCCUAUCCACCGCAGCAUCCGCCAAACGGAAACGGGUAUCCGCCCAACUCCACCACAUACAGCUACAAGUACUCCUCGACCACCAACACGAACAAUCGUCGCGGGCCGGACUUUGGAUCACCCUCGCCGUUCCCAGUCGAUGGCGUGGAGUAUCCAGUGAAUGCCAAUCCUCCCCAGAGGGUGGAUGAUCUGAUGCAGAGCUUUGGAACUACCACUGACCAUGUGGAUACCUUGGAGACUCCAGUGCGCAAGCGUGAAAUCGAGACAGCAGUGGCCUCGCCUAACCAGCAGCAUGUGCCGUCCGUGAACAAGGCCGGCAAGGAGGUCUACUAUCCGCCAGGACACGACACCAUCAUAAUGAAGCGCGAGGAAAUGCAUGCCGGAUCUGCUUCAGGAGGUCGCUGGGCCAAGGGCUCUGGAAUGUACGAGUACGAGUCCGGCUCCAAAUCAAAGACGAAAACCAAGUCCGGAGGCGCCGUAGUGCCGGUAUGCCUGCCCCUCUGCUGUGCCAUGCCCUGCUCCAUUAUGUAGAUCGAGCAGAGAUCACCCGGAAUCUUUACUUGUACAUAGGUUUCUUAUUAUCUAACGCUAAAUCCUGCCCUGCCCUGCCCUGCUCUCUAUCUAUCGUCUAACUCCUAUUGGAUUUGCUUGUUGCUGCAAUAUGUGUUGUACGCGUAAUUUGAUUGCCAAAUUUUUAAUUGUCUAUUCUAUACGUUAUUAUUGUCUAUGUAUAUAAUUUGUGAUCCGUCACUAUCCUCUACGGAUGAUCGGAUUGUUCUAUUUUGUAUGAUUUUGAUUCGAGUUUGGAUUUGGGUUGCUCGAAAUUGUUGCUCAAGCAUUUACCAAUGCUGUACCCCAAAAAACUAAAGGGAUACUGGAUAUUGUUUUAACUGUAAUUUGCAUAUCGCAUAUACAUACCAUAUGCCAACCAACCUACCAACCAAACACUAAUAAAUGAGCCGUGGAAUCCGAUCCCUCUCGCCAUUAUUUGCGAUUAUUAUUCGUUUUCGCCAAUCGCCAAGCGCCAUCGCCCCCGAAUACCCACUAAUCAUAAACCAUAAACGUAACUGCGACUUAAAAUGGUAACCCAGUCGUUACAAAGCCAUAAAUACUAUCUCUAAUACACGUAGUAACCAGAAUAAAAACGAUAUCUAACAAACGAA